CAACAUUCUGUCCUUGAUAGAGCGCAGCAAUUGAUGUUGUUUGGUACAUAGUCAUGUUCAUUCUGGUUACAGUUUUUGUUAACUUGGCUCUGUCAGCUACCUUUGCCAACGCCAUUUUUCCAGACAUUACAUUACACGAGUGUGCUUUAACAAAGGGAUGCUUGAGACCUGCUAUGUGUACCGAGUCAUCUUGUGCAUUUCUUGUCACCUGGAAGUUGGUGUCCGUGAAGUCUGAAAAUUACGUGGAAUUUGAGCUUAGAGGGAAUGUUCAAAAAGUUACAGGCUUUAUAGCACUGGCUUUCUCAAAAGAUCAAAGAGUGGGUGACGAUGGUGUCGUUGGCUGUUAUUAUCAGUCAUCAACAAAUACUGUGAAUAUUCGAGCUGGAUAUAAUGAUAUAGCUGGUAAAACUACGAAUUUUUAUAAUGGACCAGAUGAAGAAUUAUUAAUAACAGAUGGUGAGAAUUUAGGUGGUACAUUUAAUGCAAUGGAUGGUACAUUACAAUGUCGUUUUAGACGACGUGUUCGACCACUGGAUACGGUUCAUCAAUUAAUGGAUUUAACAUCACCGAAUGCAUAUCAUUUGAUUGUUACUCGUGGUGUUGAACGUAAAAAAGACGGAUUCGGUCGUCCUUUUGCUGGUGGAGAAUCGGUGUCUCAACGUCCGGUUGUCAUUACUUCGUAA